AUGGCGUCUUCUUCAGCACUGCCCGUUUUCAAUAAAGGCCUCUUGCUUUCCACGCGGCAAUUAUCUUCUUCGAAUUUUCAUUCUUCUUCUGUUUUUAUAUGGGGAUCAAAAAGAAACCAAGAUGUGAGAUUGAUAUCUCAAAGAACAAAGAGUCAGGGAAUUAGAGUCUUAGCAAAUCCAAAUGUAUCUCCAGAUAAAAGAAAUUUUAGCAAAGAGGUGAUCAUGGUUGAUCCCUUGGAAGCCAAGCGAUUAGCUGCAAAACAAAUGGAAAAAAUUAAAGCAAAAGAGAAAUUCAAAAGACAACGUCAAAUUGAAGCAAUUAAUGGUGCAUGGGCCAUGAUUGGCCUUACAGCAGGAUUAGUCAUUGAAGGCCACACUGGAAACACCAUUCUGGCUCAGUUAGCUGGAUACUGGGCUGCUUUUAUUGGUUUUUUCUCUUUGAUGAACUUGUGGUAUAGUGCUUUUACUCCUUUGUUCAUUAUUCUUGAUUAUGCUCGUCUAUCUGUUGGAAAAUCGAUGCAAUCCAGGAAGCCUUACAAGCAUAAUAUCUAG